AUGGUUGAAGUAGAUGAAUUACAAUAGCUCAGACCAAGUAAGUUAUUGUGUAACUCAUUAAAGCAGAAAAAAAGAGGCAUAUUAAGAGUGGGUUUUUGAAUUAUGAAGAAACUAUAAAAAAAGGCGGUCACUUCAUGUAAUCAAUCUCUUGUGAACAAUUCCAUCCUUAUCAAACUUUUUCUUGGGAUUCAAAAUCAGAGGUUCCAGAAGUCUUUUAAUUGAAUAAACCUUUAGAGCAAUAAAAUUUAUUAGGAUCUAUGACACAUUUAUAACCAUCAAAUAAGCCAUUUGACUUAAACUUUGAAAUUCCAAGAUUGAGUGAACAUAUGUCUAUUUCAUCAUUUUUGACUCAUAGACAACCCUUAGCAGAGUCAAAAUUGAUUCCAACUCCUUAAUUAACUUAAGAAAGUGAAACAAAUACUUCAAAAGAAUUAAGCUUUUUUGAACUUUUAUAAGGUACAAAUAUAAAAAGACCAAAAUAUUGGGAAGAUUUAAGUAUGAUAUAUAUAAAAUUUAGGUGAUGAUUAAAUGAAUAGUCAAGCAGUUGAAUUGUAACCUAUUUAAAUAAAGUAAAAAUUUGAUUGUAUUUGUUAAUUAAAGUCUUAAGGAUUGGUUAUCAUUUCAUAGAAAUAAUAUAUAUAAUUUGUAAUUUAGAUGUUAUUAGUAUUUAAUUAAAUAUAUUUAGGGUUUUUAAAAUGAAUAUUUUGUAUAUGAUUUAGAUCAAUUAUCAUAUAUAUAAUAAUAAACAAUUUAUGUGGAAGAUAUGACUAGUUUAUAAUAAAUAACACAAAAAUUUAUAGAACUUGCCAAUUAUAUUCAAAGAUUGAGAUUUUAUUUAUUAACACCUUCAAAUACUAUAUUAAGAAGUAAAAUAAAUACAAUUUUAUAAUCAUUUGUUGAUGAAAUGGAAUAAAAAAUAUUAUAAAUAACUAUAUUAGAUGAAAAUAUGACAAUUUUGCAUUUCUAGAUAUAUACUAAACAUUUAAAUAAGUAAAUUAAAAUAAUAUUUGAUAUAUUUACUGCUGAUGAUUGUAAUUUAGUUAAUAAAGCACUUUAUGAAAGAAUUAUAUAAAUAAAUUAGAGAGAUGAAUUUUUAGUCAAAGCAUUUUAUGAAUUAAAUAAUUUUUAAUUAGAUAUUUUUGCAAAAGGUAUUAAUAGUUAAGAUGUGGAAUUACAAAUACCUUAACAUUUUCCUUCAUAAUUUUCAUCAACUUAUGCAAAUACUGUUUAAAGUCUUGCAUUAAUUACAUAAUUAAAAGUUUUAAAAAUUUAACAUGUUGAAGAAAUUUUAAAUAUUUGUUAAAUAUCAGAAUUAUAUUUAUAAUCAAAUUUAAAAUAAAAGAAUUAAUAUAUUUAAACAAUAUAUAAAUCUAAAGAAUAAAAUCUAAAAGAAAUUAUUAGAAAAUAUCAUAUAUUUAUAACUGAAAAAGAAUAAUAAGAAUAAAUUAAAAGAAAAAUAGAAUUUUAGAGAAUAUAAAUGUAAGUGAGAAUAUAAAAAUAAAAAUAUUUAGAAUCUUAAUAAGCAAAAUAAAUAUCUUAAAAAAAUCAAAAAAAUGAAUUAUUAGUUUAAAUAGAAGUAAAUAGAAUUAAUCGUAAAUAUAAUAAAUUAAUUGAAAAUUAAGAAGAAAGAAAUCUUUAAUUAGAACAAGAAUUAAAUGAAAAGAAAAAAUUAUAAAAAGAAAAAGAAUAAUUAUUGAUGCAAUUAGCAGAUUUAGGUAUUAAUAUUUAAGAUACAAAAAAAAAUAAUGAAAUUUAAAUUGAACUUAAUCCUACUCCUAUUUAAUUAAUUACAAAAAAAGCAGUUGAUAAUCUAAUUAUUGAAACUCCAAAUAUUUAAAAUAUUGAAGAAUAAUUAUUAACAGAUAAUUUAUUAGAAUAAACUAAUGAUAAUCAUAUUAUUGAAGAAUAAAUUGAGAAAUAACAUGAUUCUAAUUAAAUAACAUAAAUAAAAUAAGAAAAUUAAUAAAAAUUUGAAGAAGAAUUAUAAGAUAAUUGUUAAUAUUCAUUUUAAUUAUAAUUAGAAGUUUGUAUUGGAAUGCAUGCUAGAUUACAUAAUCAAUUAGUGAAUAAGUCUAUUCAUUUUUUAUUAUUUGAAUAAUUGAACUUUUUAUAAUUAUGGAAUAAUAUAAAAAAGUAUUAUUUUACAAGUGAUGGAGAUUUUGUUGAUUAAAAUAUUUUCUAAUUAAUUGAUAAUGAAAAUAAUUUUAUUCCUAAUUAAUUAACAGAAAUAGAUAUAUUUCCAAAAUUGAAAAGCAAAAGUAAACUUGCAAGAGAGAGACAAGGAUUUUAUGAAUGUUAAAUAUCUGAUUAACUUUAAAUAAAGAUAGAAUCAAAAGCUUAAUUACUCAAAGCAUGUUUUACAAAUUCAAUACUCUAAUAAAUAUUAAUAUUUUUUGAUUAAAUUCUUAAAUUAAGAUAUUGUUCAAACAAUCUAAGAAGAAAUUGGAAAUAUAUAUAAUUUAUUAAAGAUCCUAAAAUAGCAAAUAGUUAUGGAAUGUUGCGUUAUCAAAUGUAAACUUUUAUUGAUAUUUACUAAAAUUAUAUAUUUUAUGAUGUUUUAGAAUCAACUUGGAAUGAUUUUAAAUAAUAAUUAACAAAUGCAAAAUCAGUUGAUGAAAUCAUAAAUGUUGAGAGCAAUUAUCUUAAUAAAAUUUUAGAAACAACUUUACUAAAAUCUGAUAAGAAAAUUAUUAAAGAAUCUUAUAAUUAAUGCUAAUAAAUGAUAAAUCAAUUUAUUUAAAUUGUAAGAUAUAAAUAAUAUUUUAAUAGUUAGAAUUUUAAUAUAAUUUUGGACUCAUAUAAAAAUAGCCUCCUGAUAUUAGUAAACUAAGCUAAAAUUUUAAAAAAUAAUCUGAUUUCUUCAGUAAAUUUAUCACUUGGCUUAAGGAUCCUACUACUUUUGAUAGGCCUGUUUGA